GAAGACCUCUCCCUCUCCCUCUCUUUCUCUUUCGCCUUCUCCUCUUCUUCCUCCUCUUCUUCCUCUGCCUUCUUCCUUCCAACAUGCAGCCCUGCAGCAGAGAGAUGCAGAGCCUCAGCUCCCUCCUGAACCCUCCCCAGGUCUCCUCCCUCCACGACCUCCAGGGCGGCAACGGCGGCCACCACCACCACCAGAUCCCGGCCGGCGGGGCCUUCGACCCCUCCUCCUCCCCCGGCGACGACUUCCUCGACCACAUGUUCUCCGGGAUCCCCCCCUGGGCCGACCACCUCGGCGGCCCCGCCGCCGACGACGACCCCGCCGCGGCCGCCCUCCCCAUGGCCCAGAGCGGCGACGUCCCCGUCGACCUGUCCGAGGACGUCGGCUUCCGCGGCCUGGAGGAGGCCGCGGUCCUGGCCGCGAAGCUGAGGCAGCACCAGAUCGGCGGCGGCGGCGGGGGAGGGGGCUCUCAGGCUGCGGCCGCGGCGGCGAAGGUGAUGAUGCUGCAGCAGUUGCUGAUGGCCGGGGGCGACGGGUCGUCGCCGUCUUCCCAUUUCAAGUCUGCGAAUCUGGGAGGUGAGAGCUCAGUUCAAGCUCUGUUCAGUGGCUUCGCCGGAUCUCUGCAUGGCAAUGGCCAAACUUCGAACCAGUCACAGCAUUUUCCUCUAUCUCAGGGGGGAUCAAUGCCAACGGCACCGAAUUUCGGCGCCCAAGCGGCGAGCGGGUCGGGCGGCGCCGCGGCCACGGCGGCCGCGCCGGGUCAGCCGAGGCAGAGAGUGAGGGCGAGGAGGGGCCAAGCCACCGAUCCUCACAGCAUCGCUGAAAGACUGAGGAGAGAGAGGAUAGCGGAGAGAAUGAAGGCACUGCAGGAGCUGGUUCCCAAUGCCAACAAGACGGACAAGGCAUCAAUGCUGGAUGAGAUCAUCGACUAUGUGAAAUUCCUCCAGCUCCAAGUCAAGGUGCUGAGCAUGAGCAGACUGGGCGGUGCAGCUGCGGUGGCUCCUCUCGUCGCCGAUAUGUCCUCUGAGGGAGGCGGUGGCGGCGACGGUUCUCGGGCGAACGGCAACGGGCGGAGCAGCUCCAACGGCGGCGACAGCCUGACGGUGACGGAGCACCAGGUGGCGAAGCUCAUGGAGGAGGACAUGGGGUCCGCCAUGCAGUACCUGCAGGGGAAGGGCCUCUGCCUCAUGCCCAUCUCCCUCGCCACCGCCAUCUCCACCGCCACCUGCCAGUCCCGCAUCCCCCUCCCUCCCCCUCCCCCUCCUCCGCCGCCGCCGCCGCCCACCACGGCCUCGGGGACUGCCCCACCUCCCCGAGCGUGUCGGCCCUGACCGUCCAGGGGGGCGCCGCCGCCGCCGCCGCCGCCGACGCCAAGGACGCGGCCUCCAUCUCCAAGCCCUGAUCCGCCGUGGCGCCGCUGCUGACCGUUGACCGCGUCCCCCCCCCCGGUCUCCGUUCGUACUUCUUUUGUUUUUUUUUUUGUUUUGGUUUUCCUUUGACCCGCGGAAAAGAAUGAGGUGGGGCCCGACGAAGAAAGGGUGGCGGGAGGGAGACGUGGGGUUGGACGGGUUUCGUUUUCGCUGUGCGGAAGUCUACGAAAAUAAGGUGGUCCUGCGUCUUGGCCUCUCCUGCGACGCCGUAUUUGGGUAGACUUUGGCCCCCGGAACGAGAAAAGCUGACUCCGUCAAAAUCCGAAAGCAAGAAGAAAAAUACUAAAAUGGAGGAGAACCUUAUCCCGAGGAAAUUCCAAUUCCCUCCUUUUUUUUGGGGAUUAGUCGCCCCCCCCUUUUUUUUUUUGCUUAUUUUUUUAUAUUAUUUUUUAUGCUUCCCCUUUUGGUUGUAAUCUCUCCUUUUUUUUUCUCUCUAAUUAAUUAAUCUCACUUUCUAGUACUUUAUCGAGGCAAUUAUUGAGAGAUAAUUCCGAAAUUACGUGUAUUGAUAUGUCUCUCUCUCUCUCCUAAACCUUUGCGUGCAAUUUCAUGAGGCCUUUUGUAAAGGGAGGAGUCGAAAGCAAAUAAGGAUUGGAUUCAAUUUGGGAUGAGAUC